CUCGGCCGCUCGUGGGUUGGCACCGAGCGGAGCGGCCGCCGGCCACGGCGGAGCGAUGAUCCGCAGGGAAGGCUCUGCUGAUGAGGUCAGGGAUGAGCGAUGAAGAUGACUCACAGGAUGCUGGGCAUUGGCUGGAGCCGUUGUCUGAUGCUGCAGAGAAAAAAGUCCUCGGUACCAAUAUGGGGCUGGAAUGCCUGUAAAGCUCAGUGAAGAGAUGAGUCAGUGUGGCCUGGUGACACAGGCAGGACCCCAGCAGAAUGAGUCGGGACAGCAGGUGGCACGCGCCCUGGCAGACACAGACCCCCUUGUUUGGUGACCUGAAUUCCCCGCCGAGAGCCCCGAGACAAGCAGGACCAUCCUUUCUGCAUGAGUUCCUGGGUCAAAAGAUGAGCCUCCAACAGCAGCGGGACGCCUCCCCCGCCGCCUCACACAGACUCCCUUUGUCUGUGGACUGCUGGGGUGACAAAGGGAAAUAUUCAGCAGUAGGGCUGGGACGGGCUCAAGACACCGAACGGGCAGUGGAAAUCCUGACGAGAUACCAAAGCACCCUGCGCUCCCCAGAGGAACAGGAGCUGAAAGCCUCCAUUGGAAAGAUCUCACACAUCUUCCAAAGUGAACUAUUCCAGGCUCUGCUGGAUAUCCACGAAUUCUACGACUUCACACUGCGCUCAGCACCCCUGCAGCCUCCCAGCCCAGCAGUGCAUCGUGGCACAGCCCAGCACCUCAGUCCCAGAGAGCCCCACAGCCCCCCCGAGCCACGAGCCCAGGAUGGUGAGCAAAGGCUGCUGGCGGUGACACCGGGGACUCCCCCAAGGCUGGUGAGGGUGACAGCACGCCGGACGGAGGCACCGACCAGCGUCUGCAGCCUGGUGCUGGGCUCCCGCAGUGCCCUGCCACAGGCCAACCCUGCUCCCAUUAUCGUGAACACAGACUCGCUGGAACAAGGGCUCUCUGUGAACGGCAGUGAUGGGAUGUUCAAAUACGAGGAGAUCGUCCUGGAAAGGGGUAACUCCGGCCUCGGCUUCAGCAUAGCAGGAGGGAUCGACAACCCCCACAUUCCAGAUGAUCCCGGCAUCUUCAUCACCAAAAUCAUCCCCGGGGGAGCGGCGGCCAUGGAUGGACGUUUGGGGGUAAAUGACUGUGUGCUGCGGGUCAACGACGUGGACGUCUCCGAGGUGGUGCACAGCAAAGCAGUGGAGGCCCUGAAGGAAGCAGGCCCCGUGGUGCGGCUCGUUGUGCGGCGCCGGCAGCCCCCACCGGAGACCAUCAUGGAGGUCAACCUGAUGAAGGGACCCAAAGGACUGGGCUUCAGCAUCGCGGGGGGCAUUGGGAACCAACACAUCCCUGGGGACAACAGCAUCUACAUCACCAAGAUCAUCGAGGGAGGCGCUGCCCAGAAGGACGGACGCCUGCAGAUCGGGGACCGGCUGCUGGCGGUGAAUAACACCAACCUGCAGGACGUGCGGCACGAGGAGGCGGUGGCUGCGCUGAAGAACACUUCUGAUAUGGUGUACCUGAAAGUGGCCAAGCCUGGCAGCCUGCACCUCAACGACAUGUACGCGCCCCCCGACUACGCCAGCACCUUCUCAGCCUUGGCUGACAACCACAUAAGCCAUAACUCCAGUCUGGGCUAUUUGGGUGGUGUGGAGAGCAAGCCUGCAUACCCUGCCCCCCCACAAGUGACCCCCUCCAGGUAUUCGCCCAUCCCUCGGCACAUGAUCGGGGAUGAAGACUUCACCAGAGAACCCCGGAAAAUCAUCCUGCACAAAGGCUCCACCGGCCUGGGCUUCAACAUCGUCGGGGGAGAGGACGGAGAGGGCAUCUUCGUGUCCUUCAUCCUAGCCGGAGGCCCCGCCGACCUCAGCGGGGAGCUGCGGAGGGGAGAUCGCAUCCUGUCGGUGAACGGUGUGAACCUCCGUAACGCCACCCACGAGCAGGCGGCGGCGGCGCUGAAGCGGGCGGGGCAGACGGUGACCAUCAUCGCGCAGUACCGGCCCGAAGAGUACAGCCGCUUCGAGUCCAAGAUCCACGACUUGAGAGAGCAGAUGAUGAACAGCAGCAUGAGCUCUGGCUCUGGCUCACUUCGGACAAGCGAGAAGAGGUCCCUCUAUGUCCGAGCUCUGUUUGACUAUGACCGGACCCGGGACAGCUGCUUACCCAGCCAGGGGCUCAGCUUCUCCUAUGGGGACAUCCUGCACGUCAUCAAUGCCUCUGAUGAUGAGUGGUGGCAAGCCAGGCUUGUGACACCUCAUGGUGAGAGCGAGCAGAUAGGAGUCAUCCCCAGCAAGAAGAGGGUGGAGAAGAAGGAGAGAGCGCGGUUGAAAACGGUGAAAUUCCACGCCAGGACCGGCAUGAUAGAGUCCAACCGGUCGAUCAAAACGAAACGUAAAAAGAGUUUCCGCCUCUCUCGAAAGUUUCCAUUUUACAAGAGCAAAGAGAACCUGGCCCAGGAGAGCAGCGGACAGGAACAGGGCGUGACAUCAAACACCAGUGACAGCGAGAGCAGUUCCAAAGGACAAGAGGACACUAUCCUGUCAUACGAGCCGGUGACACGGCAAGAAAUUCACUACGCCAGGCCAGUAAUCAUCCUGGGGCCCACAAAGGACCGAAUUAACGACGACCUCAUCUCUGAAUUUCCACACAAGUUUGGUUCCUGCGUGCCACACACCACCAGGCCUCGGCGUGACAAUGAGGUGGAUGGACAGGAUUACCACUUCGUCGUCUCCCGAGAACAGAUGGAGAAGGAUAUUCAGGACAACAAGUUCAUAGAGGCCGGGCAGUUCAACGACAAUCUCUAUGGGACCAGCAUUCAGUCGGUGCGGGCGGUCGCAGAGAGGGGAAAACACUGCAUCCUGGAUGUAUCUGGCAAUGCUAUCAAGAGGUUGCAACAAGCACAACUUUACCCCAUUGCCAUUUUCAUCAAACCCAAAUCCAUCGAAGCGCUCAUGGAGAUGAACCGGAGGCAGACAUACGAACAGGCCAACAAGGUCUUUGACAAAGCCAUGAAACUCGAGCAAGAAUUCGGAGAGUAUUUUACAGCCAUCGUACAAGGAGACUCUCUGGAAGAGAUUUACAGCAAAAUCAAACAGAUCAUCGAGGACCAAUCCGGGCACUACAUCUGGGUCCCGUCCCCAGAGAAGCUCUGAAGCUGUCCCCUACCUGCUGGGACCAUCUCUGACGUCCCACCCCACCUGUGCCCUCUGCCCUAAGGGGGGGGGGGAUGUGCAAAUGAUUCCUGCCCCCUUUUUUUAGAUCGUCGCAAAAUUGAGUUUUCUAGUCCUGUUUCUUUUGUUGGGAUGAACUGAUCUCAUUCAUCACGUGACUGUUCCCACCAUCCCUGCAUGGACCUUCCCACUGCUCCAUUAGAGACAGAUGAGAACCCAUUCAAGAGUCGUUUUUUAUUAUUAUUAUUAUUAUUAUUAUUAUUAUUAUUAACUAAACCAAGAAUCCAGAAGGGAGGAGGCGGCUGAGGACUGACAUAAGAAACAAGUGGAACAAUGGACUCUGAGAACACAGCAGUGUCAGAGCUCCAGGGCAUUUCUUCCAGGUGUGACUGCCUAGCAGCUCUGAGCAGUGCGACAGAACGGCAGCAAGAAGGCAUUUUAUUUAUCUGUAUAUGUAAUUUAUAUAUAAUAUAGAGAAAGAUAUUAUAUAUAUAUUAUAUAUAUAUAUCCGUGUGGACUAGGAAACCUGAGGGACCUCUUCAAAGGUACUGUGUGAGUGCAAGGAUCUUUCAGUUUCUUUGUCCCACCCACUGAGCAGAAACGAUCCUGGCGGCACCACGAGCAUCUCCUGCUGCCCUGCCAGCAGCCCCAGGUUGGGGAGCAGCACAGAGCCCCCCAGAAGGGCCCGGAGCUCUGGGCUGACCCAGGAGCCACAGACUGAACAGGAGGCUGCGGAGGGAGAGAAUGGAUGAUGCUACAUAUUAAAUUGCACAUUGUUUUACACGCCACCGUAUGUGUUUGCAUGAAAGGUUUCCUUUUAGUUCUAUUUUUUUAAGCUGAUGUUAAACCAAAACCAUAUUGUGUUGCUGUGUUGGCUUUUUGGUUUUUUUUUUUUUUUCAUUAUUCCAUUUAUUUUUUUUUUUUCUCUUGUUAAUAAUGAACUGAACGGGUAUAAAAUCCAGUUUUUUAACUUA